GUUUACCAGUCUACGUGUCCAAGUUGUCGUCUAUAUUGCCCGGUUAGUGAUGGCCAAACAGAAUACAAGUGUGCCAAAAAACGCUAUCGAGAAAAAUAAGCCCGCCAUGUUGUUAUUUCCACCGCGGAAUUAUAUGCGCAUUAUUUGUCGUCGUAAGAAACACACAGCACAGAGACAGACAGACAAAGUCAAAGUGUUGUUGUUGUCCCCACCUCUCACCAGCAUCACCAUAUUCAACUUUGGCGAGGUUCUCCAAGGCAACACGACACUCUGACCAGUCAAGCGCGGUAUAAAAAGCCGGAGCGCUUGGCUUUUUCAAAUCAAACAAUUCCUCAACAGCGCAACUAACAGUUUAUACGUGCCAUCUCCCAUUUCAAGAAUCUCAGCAGAAUAUAAGAUUAUAAUAAUGGCGUCCAAUAAAAUGAUCAAAAGUAUUGUUGCCAAGCGUCUGAUGUCGUCGUCAGCAUCCGGCAGCGAAUCUUCCAGAUACAUUUCACCGGUCUCAGCUCUAAGUCAAAUCAGUCACAAAGUCAGCCCGUUUGAGCAGCGAUUGCUGGUGUGGAGCGGGCAAUUCAAAAAGAUCACGGAUGUUCCAUCUCUCGUCUCACGCGACACGAUGGAAAGGGCCCGCAAUCACUACCGGAUUCGUGUCAAUCUAAUCAUCGCCGGAAUCGCCGUGGUGGGCUCGUUCGCCAUGGUCAUUAGCGGCAAGAACGCCGCCCAUCGCGGUGAAAACAUCAACGACUACAACGCCGAAUGGCACCGACGAUACAACGAGGCUCACAAGUUCGACCCCACCCAUUAAAUUGAUAUUAUUAGGUUAAUAACGAGGAAAAAAUGUUCAUUUAAAACAAGCGGAAAUUGUAAAAAAAAGAGGACGUUGACAAUGAAUCGACUGUUAGAUGUCGUGACUGGUGAUAGUGUAUCGCUAUAUAGCCCCCCCAUUCCAGCCUAGAAUUUUAGUCGCUCAAAUUUGUUCUUCAUUUGCUUCUGCCAAUUAUUUUUUAAAUAGUGAUUAAUCAACGAUCUGUGUUGUGACUGGUAUUAUUUUGUAGACUAGAGAGUCCUCUCAUUUGACUCUUUAGAAUUCUGUUCCAAGGAAAGAUUUCGUAUUAUCUGAAAUAAACAGUUGAAAGUUCAAGUUCA